CCGGCACUUGACCUCGAUCGAAGUGACGAUCUUGAGGAGGUGAAGCAUCAAGCGGCCAUUUUGAAAUCAAACAUUCGAUGAGAAACAGGAAUUUUAAAUGGUCUUGAUUGUGGUAUUUGUGCGAGUUCGUUUAAUUUUUUGUUUUCUUAAUUUAGCGACUAUUUAGUGCGGCGGUGGAGUUUUGUGACCUUUGAAAGUGAUAUCGGUCCUUUAUUUGUUUUGUGAUAGUGGUUCAUCGUACUGAGCUUUCAUGAUCGGCUUACCGCGUAGCGAUAGAGAUAGAGAUCGUAUAACGGUGAAAAUUCGCAAUAUGAAGAGGAGUUCGUCUAGGGACAGUAUGCCGCGAUCGAAAAGGACGCGUAGUAGCAUAGGGAGGUAUGACGAUAGUUCUGAUGAGCGUGCUACACCAGAAAGAGUGAGGAGGCGAGUUCGUUCGCCAAGUCCCCGCGGUCGAUACAUGUCUCCUCAUCGAGAUGAUUACGUUAGAUCUCGCGAAGUAAGAGAGGAAUCUGUGCGACCUUAUUAUAAGGUUCUUUGUGUUAGUGCUCUUCAUCCGAAAGCUUCCGACGAAAUUGUAAAAGAUACUCUUUAUAGAGAGUACAAGAAAUUUGGUGACUUUAGCAUUAAGAUUUCUCAUGAAUUAGAUGAAAGGGUUGCAUAUGUUUGUUUUCGUAGUGCGGAAGAUGCUAGAGAUGCUAAGCAUGCAAAACCCAGAAUUAUUUUAUAUGACAAAGUUGCUAUUGUUGACCCUGUUUAUGAACCUGUCCGAUCAGAGUAUAGAAGUAGACCACGAAGUAUAACUCCACCUGACUAUGAUCGUCCUUACUCUUACGCGUGGUCACCUGUUCCUGAGCGACGCAGACCACCACCUGAAGACAGGGCAUAUGGUAUUCCUCCAGCAGUUCCUCCACACCAUAGGGACUUCAGACCCCCAAUGCAUGAAUAUCCAAUGGCAGGCCCUCAUGGUCCCCCAAUGCACCACCGUCCCCCUAUGCACCAUCCUCCACACCCACACUAUAUGCCAAGGCCAUACAUGCCCAGACCCCAUCAUCCACCAUUUGAGAAAGUAGAGAAUAAAAAAGAUAAAUUUCCUAAUUAUUUACACCAUGUCCAACCUGAAGAUGAUCCUUUGGCCACUCGAACCUUAUUUGCAGGUAAUUUGGAAAUCAACAUAUCAGAUGAAGAAUUACGACGUAUUUUCGGUCGUUAUGGAAUUGUAGAAGACAUAGAUAUUAAAAGGCCACCACCAGGGACUGGAAAUGCAUUUGCAUUUGUUCGCUACCAAACAUUGGACAUGGCACACAGAGCAAAGGUAGAACUUUCAGGACAGUAUAUUGGUAAAUUCCAAUGUAAGAUUGGAUAUGGUAAAGCUACACCUACAACUCGAGUUUGGGUAGGUGGUCUUGGCCCCUGGACAUCAGUUGCACAACUAGAACGAGAAUUUGAUAGAUUUGGUGCAAUCAAAAAAAUUGAAUAUGCUAAAGGUGAACCCCAUGCUUACAUCUUGUAUGAUUCAAUUGAUGCAGCACAGGCUGCAGUGAAAGAGAUGAGGGGUUUUCCUUUAGGAGGACCAGACAGACGCCUAAGAAUUGAUUUUGCAGACGUUGGAACUGGAGGACCUUACAGACCAAAACCAUAUGUGCCACCAGUUGGUGAAGAUGGUAGACCUGUUGAGGGUUAUGAGGGUUAUGAGGGAACAUGGGAUGAUAGCUAUGGUUAUGGUGGUUCUUAUAGAGGUAGGGGUGGCCAUCGUGGGCGUGGUCGAGGCAUGUACCGCGGUGUAUAUCAUGGUACAGGUGAUUAUCGCGAUGAGGAAUGGCGAAGAGCACCAGAGAGUGAGUACGAAGGUCGCAUUCGUCGCUCUGGUUCGCGGGAGCCUGGGGUAGACCGUUCACGUUCCAGAUCACCACGUCGCCGAUCACCAGAUAGUGAUUCUGAUGGUUCACCUCGUCGAAGCGGUGGAAUGCUAUCCUCGGCACGCACACUUCCUGAAGUUGUGCGCAAAGCAACCACUAUCUGGAAUGGGGCAUUAAUUUUGAAAAAUUCAUUAUUCCCUACUAAAUUUCAUCUAACUGAUGGUGAUUCAGAAAUAAUUGACAGCCUCAUGAAGGAUGAAGAUGGCAAGAAUCAACUAAGAAUUACACAAAGGCUAAGAUUGGAUCAACCUAAAUUGGAUGAUGUACAGAAGAGAAUUGCUACGUCCAGUUCCCAUGCAAUUUUCUUAGGUGUGGCUGGUUCAACGGCAUCCAUAUCAAAUGAUGAUGCCAGUAUACAAACCAGGCCAAUGCGCAAUUUGGUCUCAUAUUUGAAACAAAAAGAAGCUGCAGGUGUAAUAUCUCUUUUAAAUAAAGAAACAGAGGCAACAGGAGUUUUGUACUCCUUCCCACCAUGUGAAUUUUCAACAGAAUUAUUAAAGAGGACUUGCCAUAACUUGACAGAAGAAAGCCUUAAAGAAGACCAUUUGGUUAUUGUGGUGGUGAGGGGAGGGUCUGCCUAACUUUACACAUACAUACAUACAAGAUAAUGUAUUAAACUUAGACAUUUAUGCAUUAGUUUAAGUUUCUUUCUAAAGGUUUUAUAAUAAUAGCAAACAAAAAGUUUUCAUUAUAUAACUUGUGAUGUGUAGUGCUGCUUCAUUGUGAUGUGUUUGUAAAAGAAUUUGUGAAGGUUAAAUAUUUUUUGAUUGUGAAAGUGCUGUGAUCAUCACAGUUUAAUGUGUAAAGCAAUAAUUAUCGCAAGAUAUACAUAAUAUAUUUAUAAUUUAGUUUUGCUAGAGUAUUUUUGAAACAUACUUGUGUAUUUAAGGAACAAACUCGAGUUAUAGUGUAAUAAUCAGUGUAUGUCAGGUGAUGUGUAGUGUGUGUGAACACAAAUAGAUAAUAUUAAACAAAGUUGUUGUUUUUUUGUACCUUGUGACAUGUGAUACUAAGUGCAGUUGAGUUUUGUGCCUUUAGUGAGCAGGUGUUAAUGUAUUUCAAAAUUGACAUUGGGCUAUAUAUUAAACUAUAUUUGGAGGAAAUUUUAAUUUAAAGUGCAUAGUGGUAUAGUUUGUGUUUAGUGCAGCCCAAUCUGAUAUAAAUAAAUUAACCAGUGGUAAUAGUGGGUGAAGUAAUAUUACUGAGUAAGUAAUUAUAUUUGAAAUAGGCAUUGGUAAACACAAUACAGAAUUUAUCAAAAUACUUAUUUAUCUUAAACUAUUUUGCUAUUUCUAUACCUCUCAGUAACUGUGUGUAAUUAAUAAUUUGGCUUACAUCUAAUAAGUAAUCACAAUUAUAUGAAUUGCAAUGUUAGGAAUAUCUGAAAAUAUUUUUUAAUUAACAUUAAAGAAUUGCAUUAUUUUUUUCUACAAUCAGUUCCAGUAUCUAAGAGAAUCAAGCUCAACUGCUUAUGUAAGUAUUCCUGGUAAGUAUAAUAAUACCUAAAAUUAUGAAAAAUAAUUUUGGACCAUGUCCCAAUGAUAAACAUGAUUUAGUAAAUCAAAAUUUAAACAACAUUACAGCGAAGAUUAUUAUGGUUUCAUAACCUUGAGCUUAUAAUUUGAUUAGGUACAAUAGAAAAGGUAAAAAAUAUAGAUGCAUAUAUAUAUAACUUUAUAGUGCAGCAUCUUCAUCAUGAAUGUUUUGUUUACUCUACAUCUAGAAGUUCCAUACUAGAAUACAGUUUAACAUUGCAAAUUCAGUUCUGGUGUCUAUCCAUAAGCUAGGGCUUAUAUUAAUACCUAGCAAUUUUAUUUUCGACAAACUUAAAAAAAAUGAGCAUCACAUUUCGACUAUUUUUUGUGAUGAACCUCGUCACUUUCAACGGGGUAAACCGAUUUCGAUGAUUCAUUUUUAUUUGAUGGUUGGAGCUUUCAGUGGCGUCCCAUUGAAAUUAGGAGAUAGUUCUGACAAUGUAAAGGCGCUUUAGUUUUUGUUUUAAAUUUAAAUAAUGAAAACAAAUCACAUGUUUAACUCUACGUAGUAGGCUUUGCUUAACGCAAAUAACAUUUAUUUGUAUUUUCAGUGGAAUCGUCAAAGGAAAUUGCUGGUGAUAUGUACUUUUUAAGUGUUUAAUAAUUCAUAUUUGAAAAAUAAAUGACUUAAAGUUG